GGCUUUGUUCCUAGGUCCUGUGCACGGCGUGACACGCCGGCGCUCUUCCGCUUCGGUUCAAGCGAUGUACGGAAACAACCCUAGUACUUAGUUACUUAGUAGAUAGCCCACAUUCUUGACACUCUGUCAGUCAUAGUCAUUAUUUUUCUUUCCGCGCAUACAGACUUGACUGCAGGCAAAGGAGGAAACCGGUAUUUCGACUUGUGUCAGAUUUGUUGAAUGUCCGCCUGUCGUCCUGAUAUGUCCACGACAAACUUAGCCUCUCCGAUAGCUUCGCAAGAGUGUAUCCGAAGUGUCGUCUGUUGUUGGAAGGCAUAGAGCGCAGCCUUCUCUCGCUACACGGCCCAUGGCGGACGUUCUGACGGUGUCGGCGGAAAAGCCCUGUCGAUACGGCAGUUCCUCCGUGGAGCCGUAUGAUCGAGGAGCACUCCGACUACUGUUCAACGCCUGCGACCCGAACAACACCGGUGCAAUCACCAAGGAGAACCUACUGGAUGGGUGCAGGCGUUUGGAACUGAAUGACCUGACGGAAAGCGACGCGGACGCCCUAUUCGCUGAGCUGGAUGUGGACGGUGGCGGGCACGUGUCAUUCGACGCCUUCGCCGAGCGUUUUAUCGCCUGGAGUCAGCAGACUUCGCAACAGUCGCAGCAAGGUGAAGACAAUAAUGGGGAAGGUGAUGAAGACCAGCACGCAAAAGCCAAUGAAGAAGUGGCAACUGAUGUGGUCUCACAAAGUGCUUAUUCUGGUCGAGUCAAAGCCAUGCUAGAUCACUAUAAUGUUGACCCCAGCUGUGAGCUUCUCGAGAAAUUGCUCAGAGAGGACUGGCAUUGGCCGAAGGCACGUGUACGGUCGCUGCUCCAGCUGCUCAGCCCUCAGCAGCGCCAUGCUGAGGAAGAGCUCGAGGCGCUUUUCCUGACGGCCGUUGAGGAAGAGUCACGCGAGGUCGUGGCGCGGGGAAGCCUCGACGGCAAGCCUGUUCUGGGUGCUAGUGCAUCGGCACGGCGCCUGUCUCCUUUCCACGGCGUGCCAGCAGGGGAGGAGCAUCGUCGGCACUCGGCCGAUGCUACCCACCGCUCUGCAGCCAAGGCCGAAUCGUUCAAAGUGAAAUCCCAUGUCCAGCGGCGGGCCAGUGACAUGCACAGUGGAACUGAAUCCGAGCUGGAUACCUACUUUCCAGCACUGAAAGGACAUGGCGAUCUGCUGUUACUGUGGGAUAAACUGAGGCUGACGCGACCAGAGCUACUGGACCCGUUCUCAUCAUUCCUUGACACUGUAUCACAGCAACUGCAAGACGCCGAGCUGCAGCGUGAGCGCAUGAGCACCGACUUACAACGGGAAACCCGGGACCUAGACCGGAGAGCUCAGGAGCUUGACGAAGAGGCCACGAAUCAAAUUGAGACAGAGAGGCACCGGCUGCGAAUGCAGGAAGAGGACCGGCUUCGGCGCCUGAGAGACGAAAUGAUCCGCGAAAUUGAGGAGCGUGAGAGCAAGCUUGACGUGGCACUACGGCAUGUGAACGGGCUGCAAAGUAAAGUCGAACAGCUCAGUCAGAAGGAAAAGCAGAUGGAGACUCGUUGCGAGGAGCUACAACAGGUGAGAAGUACACUUGAGACGGAGCUGCAGUUUCAGCAAAUCCGCCAGGAUGAGCUGAAAGCCCAGAUCGAGAGCAGCGGCCACGAUUCACCUUCUAGAUCCCUAUCAAGGUUGUCGGAGAGUGACAACGAGGUGCUGCAGAAGCAACUUGAUCAUCUAAGGCGAAUGAACAAUGACCUCAAGCGCCAGCUCCAGGACAGGGUAGAUGAACUUGUCGCUACCGAGCAGUCCAAGCGGCAUGACAAAGUUGCAGAUGGCAAGCAGGCCUCCACUGAAAAGUGGUAUGAAUCAGAAGAAGACUGGUCGACACCGUUCAAGGGCAAGGCCAUCCACAAGACGAAGCGAGGGUUGCGCGGUGCUCUUCCCCUGUACACAUCUGACGACGAUACAGAUGCCUCGCCGAUGCGACUGGUGCCGGGCAGGCGCCACAGAGCGCGGGGCAUUGAGAUUGGCAGCCGGCAGAAUGCGGCGUACAUGCAAGCAAGACAGCUACAGAGCCCAGUGCCGCUGGCCAUGGACCGCUUCCUGCGACGCAAGUCCACCACGGCCGACAGCGAUGCAGACAGCGAUGAUGGCGGCAGACCUCUGGGAGUGCAGUACACACGUAGUAGGCUGACGCAUGCGUUGGUUGAGGAGGCUAGCGAGUCCGAUGCUACCUCACGUGUUCAGCUGACGUCAUCCACCGUGUCGCAAUCACAGUCACAGGUGACGGACUGCGUCGAUGGACGGGACACCGACGAUACCGCAAGUGCAUCGAGAGUGUCCCCCGAGUCUGUGUUCAAGGAAGAGGGUGCAUCUACUGUGGAACUUACGUCAGUGCAGACACAUGGGCCUCCAGUCAAGACUGUUCGAAGCCAACGCUCAGCAGAUCGUUCCAAAGGGAACUCGCCAGAGAGAACAACAGAGAAGCGACACCUCCAGAUGGGAACUACUCCUACCGCGGCAACACACGACAAUAGCUCCUCUGCAGGAGUGAAAUCCCAAGCUUUGAGCUGCUCAAUGUCAUCUCAGUUCACGUUCUCAGGGCAGCCCACUGCGCACCAGUCUGAGCCCGAGAGCGCUUCUAAGCGUAUGACGAGACACUCCAGCAUCCAGCAGAGGGUUCAGAAGCAGGACAAGAUGCUGCUGUCGGAUGGUGACCAUGCACGUGCGAGCUGGGCACGGCGCUUUCAGCACUCCGCACCAGCGUCAACACAGUCACAUUCCUAUCAAGAGGAAACCAGUCAGUUUGCCUCUCCUGUGCUACCACAGACAUACUCGCUGGACUACUCUUCACCAGCACACUACUCAGAUGGCUCAAGAGCAGCUCAGCCUGUGUGGUCAUCGGACGCUCCGACCAGUGGCCGCCCUGUCAGAUUCCAUUCGUCGCUUCCCGUGUCCCCAUACGGUCUUAGCCCCAGCAUGCGACGCCGGUAUUCCCCGGCCACGCCGAGCACGGCGCACACCACACCGUCGCAGUCGAUCGGUUGGGAAGCGGACGGUGGCGGUGAUGACAGAGUGAGCUUGCGCAGCUUCAAAAGUCUGAUCGAGGAGCACCAUGAAAGCAGCAGCACUGAUAACAGCUUAACAUCCACUCCAGGGCCGACUGCUUUGGAACGAGAAAUGACCAACAUGGCUGUGCACCAACCUGCUAGUAAUGAAAGCACACAGCCGUUCAAGCGCACCCGCUCUCUGCAACCGCACGGAGGAGGUGCACAUAUGCGCGGGAAGAAAAAGCGGCGGAAACUCGAAGAAGUGCGAGUGCACCCGUUGGCCUCGGUGGAGCCUCAGCAGCAGCAGCAGCAGCAGCCUGCCAAGCAGCUCUCAGCUUUGGAGAGCCUGAACGAUGCAUUCUCUCGGCAGGAGAAGAACUUUCCCGUCGGUGCCGUGUCAAUGCCUGCUCCGCGCAGUCACCUGCGAUCGUCGUCCAGCGAUGAGCAGAAUCUAGGCCGGCGCGACAGCCAGGGAGAAGCGGUCGUACAAAGCAAACUCACCAGAGACGGGCCAAGGCGAGAAUCAGUCGGCAACUUAUCCCUGAUGGAACUGACAGCAGAGGAGCAAGCAGCUCCAGGAAAGCCAGAGGCAAUGCCAGUGGUUGUGCACCCAAUCCAGGCCACAACACCGCAGUAUCAAACUCGCCAGCGUCCAGUGUCUCCGUCGAUCGCACGGCGUGUUGGUAUCAUGCCAGAGAGAGUCUUCAAGGUAAUCCUGUGCGGAGAUGCUGGCGUUGGAAAGACCAGCUAUAUAUGGAGGCUGUGUAACACCUCGGCUGACUAUGCCGGCGAGUUCAAGUCAACUGUGGGUGUGGAUUAUAAGAUGAAAGUUCUGGAAGUGGACGGCCAUGUGACCGUGCUGCAGCUGUGGGACACAGCUGGCCAGGAGAGGUACCGGACAUUCACCAAGCAGUACUUCCGCAAAGCAGACGGUGUGAUCUGUGUUUACGACAUCAAUAACCACAGCAGUUUUGUCCAGCUGAAAGAGUGGCUUCAGGAGAUUGAGAAUGCAGCUGAUGGCAAUGUCGCACUGAUGAUCCUGGGCAACAAGUACGAUGCAGCUGAUGGUGGAACCCGACCGAAGCGGCAAGUCACGUACUGGCAAGGCCAGCAGCAGGCACAGAGAGCUGGCGCGUUGUUUGCAGAAGUCAGUGCAAAGAGUGGCCAUGGAGUCUUGGAAACAUGUAUCGAAAUGGCAAAGGUACUGUACUCCGCUGAAGAAGAGAUUAUCACCGACCUGCUCACACUGUCACCGGGCCAGACACCGGUCAAGAAAAAGGAGAAAUCUUGCUGCAGCUGACCAGCAGGGGAAGCUGACAUGUCUGCAGCUCUUCUGCACACAACAGGAGCACAGUUUGUCAACAAGACUUUAAUUCAAUAGAUGCAUGUUGACUGGAAUUGCCGGAGUGUCACCCGAACUAAUCAUAGAGCUAUACUUUCUGUAUUUAACAAUAUUUACCAGUGACGAAUGGCACAUUGUUCCCUUCAACUGUCUGGACAAGGUUUUGAGUUUCAGAUCAUUAGUUUAGGCGUUCUCUGUGCUGACUUGAGAAAUAUUGCCCGAGUGCACAAUUCAUAUCUUUGGUUCUCCCCUCUUCAAUUUGGGCCCGACUUCGAAUGGUUCGAACAGGGGAGAUGUGCACGAGGAACUCAACCACUUUAUCAUUUUAUAGACCAGUUUACUAUUUGUAGCUAGUUGUAUCUAUUUUCUUUCAGAACCGUUUAACAGUGUAUACCCAUGUGCUAACCAUUAGUUGCCGGUCUGAUUGGAACUGUAAUGGAGUUUUAAAGCCAAUAACGUUGAAAAUAUUUUCUGUUGUAAAUCAUUAUUUCUGUCCUGGA